CCAUAGAUAUGUGCGCCCAGUCUUCGCUCCUGCCCUCCUCCGCUGGCGUUGGUCAUAGUCUACCGAUACCUGGAGACUAACGUUGCACCAGCGCGCCGCCGCAGUAACCCCCCCGCGCGAGAGAGAGCAGCGACGCCAUGUCCUCUCCGGCGCCGACGUCGCCGGUGGCUCCGGCGCCGCAGACGCCCACGGCGCCCGCUCCAGUGCCUCCCACGGCCCAGCCAGUGGCACCCACGCUGCCACCUACUACUACGCCGUCCCCUCCUCCGCCGUCGCCUCCUCCGCCUCAGCCUACCACGCCGUCACCACCUCCCCCGGUGACGCCAUCGCCUCCUCCACCUCAGCCUACCACGCCAUCAUCACCUCCCCCGGUGACGCCGUCGCCUCCUCCACCUCAGCCUACCACACCAUCACCACCUCCCCCGGUGACGCCGUCGCCUCCUCCGCCUCAGACUACCACGCCGUCACCACCUCCGCCUCAGACUACCACGCCGUCACCACCUCCGCCGGUGACCGUGCCAACGCCACCUCCACCGGUGACCGUGCCAACGCCGUCUCCUCCUCCACCUGUUAUCCGCCGGCCGCCUCCUCCCAACGGCGUCCCAGCGUCACCACAUCCUCCUGAUAGCGUCCCCACCUCGCCGCCACCAACGAAUGCCGUCCCAGCUUCGCCGCCGCCCCCUAAUGGCGUCCCGGCUUUACCAGCGCAACCGCCGUCACAUCUAUCUCUGACUCCACCUCCGCCGGCCCCGUCGACGUCCUCCUCAUCCUCCCCGUCGUCAAGCAACGGCACCGCGGUGGGUGUGGGCGUGGCCGUCGCGGCGGUUGUCCUGCUCGGCCUCGUGGCCGGGCUGAUCUACUUCUUCGUGGCUAGGAAGCGCCGCCGCCGCCGUCCGCCGCCGUCGCAGGGGCUCCCAGCCGAGUUUUACGACCCGCGGCGGCCGGUGACGCCGCCGCACCUGUCGCACGCGCCGUUGACGACGCCCUCGUCGACGCCGCCGCUGAUGCACUCGUGGCAGAGCAGCCGCGGCCCGUCCGAGUCCCGGCUGCCGCCCCUGAACCCUUCGCUGCACAUGGCCACGGGGGGCACGUUCGCGUACGAAGACCUGGUGGCGGCGGCGGACGGGUUCUCGGACGCGAACCUGCUCGGGCAGGGCGGGUUCGGGCACGUGUACCGCGGCACGGUGGGCGGGCAAGAGGUGGCCAUCAAGAAGCUGCGCGCGGGGAGCGGGCAGGGCGACCGCGAGUUCCGCGCCGAGGUGGAGAUCAUCAGCCGCGUGCACCACAAGAACCUCGUCUCCCUCGUCGGCUACUGCAUCCACAGUGAACAGCUGCUGCUCGUCUACGAGUAUGUCCCCAACAAGACCCUCGAGUUCCACCUCCACGGGAGCGGCCGGCCGUCGCUGGAUUGGCCGCGGCGGUGGAAGAUCGCCGUCGGCUCCGCGAAGGGCCUCGCCUAUCUGCACGAAGAUUGUCAUCCGAAGAUUAUCCAUCGUGACAUCAAGGCGGCAAAUAUCCUUCUGGAUUACAACUACGAGCCAAAGGUUGCAGAUUUUGGGCUGGCCAAAUACCAAGCAGCAGAAACCACCGCUGUUUCUACGCGCGUAAUGGGAACUUUUGGAUAUUUGGCGCCAGAGUACGCUGCCACAGGCAAAGUUAGCGACAGGUCUGACGUGUUCUCCUUCGGCGUAAUGCUUCUGGAACUGAUAACCGGGAGGAAACCUAUCAUGACAUCCUCAGGUCAUCAGCCUGAGACAUUGGUUUCUUGGGCUAGGCCAUUGCUGGCUAAAGCUGUCGAGGAGGACAACUACGACGAGCUGAUCGAUCCGAGGCUGGAGACCAACUACGACGCGUACGACAUGGCGCGGUUGGUCGCGUGCGCCGCGGCCGCCGUGCGCCAGACCGCGCGGUCUCGCCCGCGGAUGAGCCAGAUCGUCCGGUACCUGGAGGGCGAGCUGUCGGUGGAGGACCUGAACGCCGGCGUGAACCCGGGGCAGAGCGCGAUGCAGCGGUCGGGCGGCGGCACGACGGACCAGAUCAGCCGGCUCCGGAGGAUGGCGUUCGGGCCGGGUGCGGCAGCGGGCACCGGGACCAUCGCGGAGUACACGAGCAGCGAGUUCAGCGAGCCCACCAGCGAGUACGGGCAGAACCCGUCCAGCGAGUACACGCGCAGCAGCGCGGGCGACACGGGUGAGAUGGCGGGCGGUGCGCAGGCGCAGCAGUGGUCCGGCGGGCGCGCGGCCGGCGAGAUCGAGAGGAUGAGCCGGCGCACCACCGGCAGGCAGGCCGGGCGUGGCGGCCGGCCGUGACACGAACAUUUUAUUCGUUGCUCGUGUCAGGAUGGCAACGCUGCCACCGGGGGGAUUGAAUUUUGUUUCUUGUUUCUUUUGCUGUAAGAUUUUUUGGCUAGAAGGGAAGGUUAAUUUAAGUUGUAAAUUGUAUGCACGUGUAUUGCCACUCCAGGUAAAUAAAGGUAUAAGAUAUUUUUUUAGUUGGAAUAAAGGUAUAAGAUUUGAAUUGUUCCA